GUCCAACACCCUUGUGCUGAAUCCAGAUCUCGCACCGAAUGAAUUGCUUUCAGCUAUUGGCUGUGCGGGCUCCAAGACCUGCCCUCAAAUUUGGAUCCGAACCUUUAAGAAAGGGAAUCCGGAGGAAGAGAAGGCAGGCGAGAAAAGGAAGCACAGAAACGGACACUUUCGGGAACGAUAAACCUUGAUCACAGCUCUCAAUUCGGAGGAAGUCCUACUGCAGUUUCAAUGGAGCAUCUGAAGAGCAGGAUGAAGUGAAGGAGGAGGGAUUCAAGGCGGUGGGACGGGGGUCAGGCUUGAGGAGUAGAGAAAUCAGAGAGAGAGAGAGAGAGAGAGAGAGAGAGAGAGAGAGAGAGAGAGAGAGAGAGAGAGAGAGAGAGAGAGAGAGAAAGAGACGCAGAGAGAGAAGCUGAGGAGACAGGUGCCUGCGAAUUUGAGAUUUGAUUUGAAGACAUCACUCACUGACUUGGAGGAAAUGAAUUCUGUACGGAGACUGAACAGCAUUUUGACUUUGGUUCUUUCUGGCUUGUGGCAUUUAGGAUUAACAGCGACAAAUUACAAUUGUGAUGAACCAUUGGCCUCCUUCCUCUCACCACUGGCUUUUUUCAGCUCCUCAGAUCUCAAUGGAAGAUUCAGCCCACCUCAACUCAACUGGAGAAUAGGAUCUGGUGGUUGGUCCCCAGCAGUUUCCAAUGCCCAUCAGUGGCUUCAGAUUGACCUGGGAAACAGAGUGGAGAUUACAGCGGUGGCUACACAGGGAAGAUAUGGGAGCACUGACUGGGUGACAAGCUAUCGCCUGAUGUUCAGUGAUACUGGGCACAACUGGCAACAGUACAAGCAAAAAGACAGCAUCUGGACAUUUGUCGGAAACACAAAUGCUGAUGGUGUGGUUUACCACAAGCUGCUGCACUCCAUGAGAGCCCGCUUUGUUCGCUUUGUGCCCCUGGAAUGGAAUUCAAAUGGAAAGAUUGGCAUGAGAGUGGAGGUCUAUGGAUGCUCCUACAAAUCAGAUAUUGUUGGCUUUGAUGGCCAGAGCACGCUUUUGUAUAGAUUCAAUCAGAAGACAAUGAGCACCCUCAAAGACGUGAUUUCCCUGAAGUUCAAGAGCAUGCAAGGAGAUGGAGUUCUAUUCCACGGAGAAGGACAACGUGGAGACCACAUUACCUUGGAGUUGCAGAAGGGCAGGCUAGCCCUAUACCUGAACAUAGAUGGCAGCAAAGCCCGGCUCAGCAUCAUUGCACCCUUGGCCAUUCUGGGUAGCCUUCUGGAUGACCAGCACUGGCACUCGGUUCUCCUGGAGCGUGUGGGCAAGCAGGCAAACUUCACUGUGGACAGGAACACACAGCACUUCCAGAUCAAGGGUGAGACCGAUGCCCUGGAUAUUGAUUAUGAGCUCAGUUUUGGAGGAAUCCCAGUACCAAGCAAACCUGGGACCUUUUUAAAGAAAAACUUCCAUGGCUGUAUUGAAAACGUUUACUACAAUGGAGUGAACAUAAUUGAUUUGGCUAAAAGACGCAAGCAUCAGAUCUACUCAGUGGGCAAUGUUACAUUUUCCUGCUCAGAACCAGAAAUUGUGCCCAUCACAUUUGUCAACUCCAGGAGCAGUUAUUUGCUGCUUCCUGGCAUCCCCCAAAUUCAUGGUCUGUCAGUGAGUUUCCACUUUCGGACAUGGAAUGAAGAUGGUCUGCUUCUGUCCACAGAACUGUCUGAAGGCUCAGGGACCCUGCUGCUCAUCCUGGAUGGUGGGAGUCUGAGGCUCCUUAUUAAGAAAGUAGCAAGACAUGGAACUGAAAUCAUCACAGGAAGCAGCUUGAAUGAUGGCCUCUGGCAUUCUGUCAGCAUCAAUGCCAGGAGAAAUCGUGUUACUCUCACACUGGAUAAUGAUGCUGCUUCCCCAGCUCUGGACACCUCUCAGCUACAGAUUUAUUCUGGAAAUAGUUACUACUUUGGAGGGUGCCCUGACAAUCUUACCGAUUCCCAAUGCUUAAACCCCAUUAAGGCUUUCCAAGGCUGCAUGAGGCUCAUCUUUAUUGAUAACCAGCCCAAGGACCUCAUUUCAGUUCAGCAAGGUUCCAUGGGGAAUUUUAGUGAUUUACACAUUGAUCUGUGUAGCAUCAAAGACAGGUGUUUGCCAAACUACUGUGAGCAUGGAGGACAUUGUGCCCAAAACUGGACUACCUUCUACUGCAACUGUAGUGACACUGGUUACACAGGAGCUACUUGUCAUGACUCCGUCUAUGAGCAAUCUUGUGAGGUGUAUAGACACAAAGGACACACAGCUGGGUUCUUCUAUGUUGACUCUGAUGGCAGUGGGCCACUGGGACCCCUUCAGGUGUACUGCAAUAUUACUGAGGACAAGAUCUGGAUGACAGUUCAGCACAAUAACACAGAGCUAACUUGGGUACAGAUUUCCAAUGCUGAGAAGGCCUAUGCCAUGACCUUCAACUAUGGUGGCAGUAUGGAGCAGCUGGAAGCUCUGAUUGAUGGCUCAGAGCACUGUGAACAGGAGGUGACAUACUACUGCAGAAGAUCCCACCUGCUUAAAACACCAGAUGGAGCCCCAUUCACCUGGUGGAUUGGAAGAUCCAAUAAAAGGCACAACUACUGGGAAGGUUCUGUUCCUAGAGUUCAACAGUGCAGAUGUGUCCACAAGGAGAACUGCCUGGACAUUCGAUCUUUUUGCAAUUGUGAUGCUGACAUAGGUGAAUGGGCAAAAGAAACUGGUUUUCUUUCCUUCAAAGAUCAUUUGCCAGUAACUCAAAUAAUUACUACUGAUACCAACAGAUCAAAAUCAGAAGCUGCUUGGAAAAUUGGCCCCUUACGUUGCUAUGGUGACCGACAUUUCUGGAAUGCUGUCUCAUUUACUACUGAAGCUUCUUACCUCUACUUUCCUACAUUCCAUGCGGAAUUCAGCGCUGAUAUUUCCUUCUUUUUUAAGACCACUGCUUUAUCUGGAGUAUUUCUAGAAAACCUUGGCAUUAAAGACUUCCUCCGACUUGAAAUGAGCUCUCCUUCUGAGAUCACAUUCACCAUUGAUGUUGGGAAUGGCCCUGUGGAGCUCCUCAUACAGUCUCCUUAUCCUCUGAAUGACAAUCAAUGGCAUUAUAUCCGGGCUGAGAGAAACCUCAAGGAGACCUCCCUUCAGGUGGACAACCUUCCACAGAGCAUGAGAGAGGCCUCAGAGGAAGCCUAUUUCCGACUUCAUUUGACUAGCCAGUUGUUUGUAGGAGGAACAUCAUCAAGACAGAAAGGCUUUCUUGGAUGCAUGCGCUCUUUACACUUGAAUGGGCAGAACACAGACCUGAUAGAGAGGGCAAAGUUAAUGUCUGGAGUCACACCUGGCUGUCUAGGUCACUGCAGUAGCUACGGCAGCAACUGCCUCAAUGGGGGCAAGUGUGUGGAGAAACAAAGUGGCUAUUCCUGUGACUGCACCAACUCACCAAAUGAAGGACCUUUCUGCCAGAAAGAAAUUUCAGCUCUUUUUAAUUCUGGCACCUCUGUAACAUACCUGUUUCAAGAACCUUACCUGGUGAUCAAGAACACAAGUCUCUUAUCUUCACCUAUCUACGCAGAUACUGCUCCAUCCAAGGAAACCAUCAUGCUGAAUUUCUUGACAACACAAGCCCCCACCAUCUUGCUCUACCUCAAUUUCUCUUCUCAGAACUUUCUGGCUAUCUUGCUUUCCAGAAAUGGAAGUUUACAGAUAUGCUUUCGACUAAGCAAAAUAGAAAGUCAUGUGUACACCAUGAACACAGAGAAUCUGGCAAAUGGAAGAGUGCACCAGGUGAAGAUUAACAAAGACGGACCAGAACUUUCCAUUCAGAUGGACCAGCAACUCUUCACCUAUAACUUCUCCCCAAAAGUUGAAUUCUGGACACUGAAGUCACUUGUUCUAGGCAAAGUCACAGAGACUCUUGGGUUGGACCCAGAAGUUGCUAAAGUAAACAUCUUGGGUUUUGUUGGAUGCCUUUCUUCAGUCCAGUACAAUCACAUAGCACCAUUGAAAGCAGCCCUCCGCCAUUCUGGCAUUGCACCUGUGACUGUUCAAGGGACCUUGACUGAAUCCGGAUGUGACUCCACUCUAGACUCUGAUGUGAAUGCAGUGACCACUGUGCAUUCUUCAUUAGAUCCCAUUGGAAAGAGAGAUGAGCGUGAACCACUCACAGACACUGUCCAAAGUGACUCAGCAGUCAUUGGAGGUAUCAUAGCAUUGGUGACAUUUGUCACUUUUUGUGUAAUUGGAAUCAUGAUCCACUUCCUGUAUUUGCAUAAGCAGUCACACUGCACCAAUCAGACGAAGGAGAAGGAAUACUCAGAGAACUUAAGCAAUUCAUUCAGAAAUGCCAUUGACUUGCAAAACACAGCCAGCGAGUGCAAACGGGAAUACUUUAUCUGAACUAUGGCAGGGUUACCUGGUCUGCUUUUUUGUAUUGUUUUCCCUCUUUUCUCUUCUCUUUUCUGUCUUGUAAUUUAGGGAUUCUCAUUCUCUCACUUGCCAUGGGUUUUCUGGAACACACAUGAUUCACCAGAAAAACUGAUCUCCUUUACCCAGCUUAAGAGCUCAGGUAGUUUUGGCUACUGUAGUCCUUUGAUAUAUGUGUCAUUUUGAAAAGGACCAAUGGAGAUACAGACUUUGCUAUUUUAAACAAGAAAUAGACAAAUGUGCCUCUCUUUGUAUUCCAGUUUCUAAACUUUACUCAUUAGUUUCUUAGGCACUUGGUCUUGUAACCUUACAUUAGAAUUGAGUUAUUGAGUUCUGUAGUGUUUGUCUUUAACAAUCAUUCCUGGUAAUACCAUAUUGUUAGAUAUGCCUUUAUUGGAGAAAAUGGAGUUUGUCUGUGACAAAGAAAGCAGUGUCAACUCUUCCUUUAAGUGGUGUGUUUAUCAGAGAGCCCAAUAGAGUAAGAAGUUAUGAGGGCAAGUAAAUUCACCUUGGAAAGUAACAUUGGCUCUCAAUGCCCUGUGAGAGAGGGACAUUGGGAGAUAUUAUGUCAUAAAGAAAUACAUCUAAAUUUGGCAAAACUUUGUGUGUGUGUGUGUGUGUGUGUGUGUGUGUGUGUGUGUGUGUGUGUGUGUGUACCCAGUACUUGUAAACUAUACAAACUAUCCAGGUUCUUUCCCCUGGCAUAGCAGAAAGAGCAGUGAGCCUAGUUUAUCUGUUAGGUCUGACAACGCAGACCAUUCCUGUAACUUUUCUCCAUUUAGGACUUAAAUGUCUGGAAGAAUUUUAUUUUAUGUGGGGGUCAGGAAACUUGGCUUCCUUGAGCUCUGACUUGAGUGACACUGCAGUUCUCCAUGGGAGUUGGCAUGGCAGCAACUGUGCGAACAAAUGGAAUGAGCAAGGCGGGCCCCUGUAAUAAUAAUAUCCAACUUGUGGACCCAAGGCACAGCAAGACCCUUCUAGCCUGUUUGUUUUGAUAGUAUGUGACAAGAAACCAGAGAUGGUUAUUCAUGUUAGUUUAAUCUCCAUACCAUAAAUAGUCCCCUAAUGCCAAUUAUCCGUUCCACGAAGUCUCGCAAUUUCCAAUAUAGAUUGACUGAAUAGGGAGCAGCUACUUUGCUCCUCACUUCCCAUGCUGAUUUCAGGAAUGGAUAUAAUGCCCUGAUGCCAGGAGAUUUCAAGAAUUGUUUGAGGAAGUAGCUGCUCCUGUAAGUUUCCCACUGCCUAUCCAUGUUUCUAGAACAUUCUAGCUAUAUUAUUUCUAAGAUUGCUCUACUGAAGUAAAUGUAUGUAUGUGUGUGUGUGCAUGUGUGUAUGUGUAUGUGUAUAUGUAUAUGUAUAUGUAUAUGUAUAUGUAUAUUUGUGUGUCUAUUAUUUGUAUUCAGAAUAACCAGAUUUGAAAUAAAAGUCUAAAAUGGUUCCAUAAAAUGUCCUAGGCCAUCUUAAGUCAGCAUCUCAAAAAAAGGAGGUAAAACAAAAACAAAGAAAUAUGAAAAGCACUGAAUAAACAGGAAGAUCUAUCAAGAAAAUUUAUGUCUGAUGAUUCAAUCAAGAUAGGUCAAGUAAGAGAACAGUGUGAAAGUUAGUAAAAUUCACAUUUUAGAACUCAUGUAAUGAGUUCAAUCUGACAACUGAGCUUUUUCCCAAGAGGCAAGGGACUGGCUGUUGUGUAGGGCGGUGUUGUCACCUCGAGAUCAGAGGAUUAAGUCCUUAGUUUGUAAAGCACAUCACAUUUUAUAGUCUAUACCUGCACUCAGAAACACAUAGGUGCCCCAUGCACUUGACUUUAUUUGCCUAAAGUAGGCAGUAAAGCAUCUUAGGCUUUCAGUUCUUUUGGUAGUAAAGAUUAUAUUUCACUCAAAGAAGCCACUUGAAUGUGUUAAUUGUGUGUAAUCCUGCUUAUUUUAUGGUGACAAUAUUCUUAACUCUGUACUUGGACCACUUAAAGAAAAGAUAAGGGGGAACCAUUUAAGCACUCCAGGACCUAGGUAUUACUAGAGGAAAGAUUCUUGAAGGAGAAAGCACUGGCCAGUUCACAUUGCAAAGUAGACCUAACUUAAAGAGCGGCUACAUAACAGUGAGUAGGGAAUCCAUCUUCUUAGUAAGUAUCCUACCCCUCACUGUCUAACACUUCCAUGAAAAAGGAGAUCCCUGGUGAAGUACACACAAGUUUCAUUCAGUUUUCAAUUUAUUGCAUUCCUUCCCUGUAAAGUUACAGAGGUAAUGAUUGAGUGUAACACAAUUAUGAGACAGUCUGAAACAGUCCUAAAUAUAUGUUCAUUUUAAAAGUGUCUAUGAAUUCUGACAUACCCUCUUCCUCUUUAGAAUAUUCUUGUUCUGUUAUAGUGAAUUUAUUUUAAAGCAAUUCUAACAAGCAUGCUCUUUUUAAUUUUUAUAUCAUUAAUAAUAGAAAUGAAUGUCUAAUAAAAUGAGACAUACUGAGAGUGUACUUACUUCUUUUCUGCUAUUCCAGUUCUAGAAAUCCUACUUUUGAACUUUUUGGCUCUAUAAAAUGCUGUACAAAUAACUUUAUUGAUUUGUUGAGUAUUCCUCUGUUGCCAGAAAUAAAUGCCUUUCUUAAGUUUAGCUCUAAUCACCUAUAAUAGUGACAUGACAGGUAAAGGAAGAGUAUUCACACUGGAAUCGUUGUUUUACUAGGGUCCUUAGAAACAAGUACUAUAUUAUGCUGGCGUAAUACUCAUGGAUAGAAAGAGAGUUACAAGCCAAUUCCAUGUGUAUAGUUCCCUAAUCCAAUAAGAUGUAUUUACUGGCAAUCAUGAAUGGAAAGGCAAAAGCCUGCCUGUGCCCUUGGCAUAGCACACAUUCUAUUGUCUUCAAUCUUGGAUGUGAAGACUAUUCAGAGCAGGACACUGGACAUGUAAACAAAAUAUAUGAUAUAUGCCAAGUUGGUCCAUUAUUUUAAGUAGUCUCAGGGCUAAAUCAGAAAUUCCACACAAUUCCAUACCACACAUCAUGUGAAAAUCUGUUAAUCCUUAACAUCAUACAAUGAAUGCCAUCAAAGUGAACAUCAGGAGCCAGUAUGGAGGUAGUGAAGAUCCCUUUGGUUUCUAUAUGUACUUAAUUAUGUUACAGAAACAGAAAUCUACUCAUGGCAGCAGCAAACAGAUACUAAGGAUUAUAUAUAAUUAAUGUAUAAACUCUUUCUAGUGAAUUCUAAAAGUGAAUACAUUUCUGAACUAUUCUUAGAAUUUUGAGUGAUAUUUAUUAAUUCUAUCAGAGAUGAAUAUUUGAUUUCUUUUCAUCAAGCUACAUAGGUGUCCAUGUAAACAAAUGUCUAUAGAAGGUGGUAAAUUAACUCUUUGAACAAAGAAAGAACAAAUCAUCCCUAUAUCAACCACAAUGUUUGUGGAUGGGCUGAAGUACAAAUCUAUGGCUAGUCUUGGACUCUUUAACAAAUCAGGUGCUUGUAAACACUCAUAGAGAAACACCUGACUCUGCCAUGGUUUAAACCAUCAUCUCUGCCUAUAUCAGUACAUUUGAAAGGUUGUCAAAUUUUCUUUAUUAUUGUUACAGCCUUCCAAAUACAUGCCUCUGCAUUUGAGAGCACCAUUUACAUUUUGAUUAUUAUUCCUUUCCCGGUUUCUGGACCAACAUCCCCCUAACACCUCCCCGUCCCGUUCUAUAUUUAUUCCCCUCCCCAUUGCCACCCUCCCCGU